AAUAUAAAUUAUUUACUAGGAAUAAAAAAGUUAGCUUCUGUUGACUAUGACAAAGGGAUACACAAAGUAACAGUGAGAAUUAAUGGAUUUCGCAAAUCUGAUUUUCCUAAACACCAAAGAUUAAGGGUUGAAAGUGAUAGGUUUCAAAAAGAUUGGGCUAUUUCUGAAAUUCUUGGAAAGAUUAUGAAACUUAAUCAUUGGGAUGAUAUUCAAGGUGUUUUGAAUUGUUGGGCUGGAAGGGUUUCAAGAAAGAAUUACCCCAUUCUUAUAAAGUUGUGGAUAAGAUUAUGAAGCUUAAUCAUUGGGAUGAUAUUGAAGGUGUAUUGAAUCGUUGGGCUGGACGUUUUGCAAGAAAGAACUUCCUCAUUCUUACAAAGGAAAUUACUCAAAUGGGUUCGAUCGAGCAUAGCAUUCAUGUUUUCAAUUGGAUGAAAAAUCAGAAGAAUUAUUGUGCAAGAAGCGAUAUCUACAACAUGAUGAUCAGGUUACAUGCUAGACAUAAUCGGGUUGAUCAGGCACGUGGCUUGUUUUUUGAGAUGCAAAAGUGGAGGUGCCAACCUAAUGUUGAGACCUAUAAUGCCCUUAUCAGUGCACAUGGUAAAGCUGGGCAAUGGCGUUGGGCAAAAAAUAUCAUGGAAGACAUGCUCCGCGCUUCUAUUCCACCAAAUCGAUCAACCUACAACAACUUGAUAAAUGCAUGUGGAUCUAGUGGAAAUUGGAGAGAGGCUCUUAAAGUUUGCAAAGAAAUGACUGAAAAUGGAGUUGGACCUGAUCUGGUGACUCAUAAUAUUGUGUUAUCUGCCUAUAAAAAUGGUUCCCAGUACGGAAAAGCCCUUUCCUAUUUCGAACUAAUGAAGGGAACUAAAGUCCGUCCUGACACUACUACCCUUAAUAUCGUGAUAAACUGUCUUGUAAAGCUCGGAAAAUAUCAGGAAGCUGUUGAGAUAUUUAACUCAAUGAGAGAAAAAAGAGCUGAAUGUGUUCCCGACAUAGUCACAUUUACCACUAUCAUGCACAUGUAUUCUGUUUCUGGCCAAGUAAAAAACUGUGAGGCUGUUUUUAACACAAUGCUUGCAGAAGGUCUGAAACCUAAUAUUGUGUCAUAUAAUACCUUAGUAGGUGCUUAUGCUUCAAAUGGGAUGGCUCGGGAAGCUUUGUCAAUCUUCGAUAAGAUGAAAAGUAAUGGCAUCCGCCCUGAUGUAGUGUCUUAUACCUCUCUACUCAAUGCUUAUGGGAGAUCGGAACAGCCUGAAAGGGCCAUGGAAACAUUUGGAAGGAUGAAAAGGAACAAUUUGAAACCAAAUUUGGUUAGUUAUAAUGUACUUAUUGAUGCUUAUGGAUCUAAUGGACUUCUAGAGAAGGCUGUCCAAGUUCUGCGUGAAAUGGAAUCUGAUGGCUUACAGCCCAAUGUUGUUACUAUUUCUACCUUAUUGGCUGCAAGUGGCCGUUGUUGUAAAAAAGUGAACAUUGAUUCCAUCCUACAGGCUGCGGAAAUGCGUGGAAUCGAGUUGAAUACAGUCGCCUAUAACUCCGCCAUUGGGAGUUAUAUGAAUGUUGGCGAAUAUGAAAAGGCUUUGACCCUAUACAAGUCAAUGAGGAAAAAGAAAGUUAUGCCUGAUUCUGUAACAUAUAAUGUGUUGAUAAGUGGUUGUUGUAGAAUGUCAAAUUAUUUGGAGGCACUUGAAUUUCUUGAUGAGAUGAUAGAUCUGAAGAUUCCUUUUACGAAGGAGGUGUUUUCCUCUGCAAUAUGCGCUUACACUAAGCAGGGUCAACUUGCCGAGGCAGAAUCUAUGUUUUCGACGAUGAAAACGGAAGGCUUUCAGCCUGAUGUCAUUGCCUAUACAACAAUGCUAAAUGCAUAUAGUGUUGGAGAGGACUGGGAGAAAGCUUUUGCAGUAUUCCAAGAGAUGGAAUUGAAUGGCGUUCUUCCUGAUGCUAUUGCUUGUUCAGCUCUAAUGAGGUCUUUUAAUAGAGGAUGCCAGCCUGACAAAGUUUUGCUUGUGGCGGAUUUUAUGAAAGAGAGAAAUAUCCCUUUCACCGAGGCUGUUUUAUUUGAAUUGGUCUCAGCCAGUAGCAUAUUACGAGAUUGGAGGACGAUUACAGAAAUUAUUACAAUAAUGGAGGCAUCACUCCCUUAUGUGUCUGUUGGAAUUCUAAACCAGCUUCUGCAUAGUAUUGGAAAAUCUGGAAAGACAGAAACCAUGAUAAAAUUUUUCUAUAAGGUAGUCACAUCAGGCGCAGAAGUUAACUUAGUAACCUAUUCAAUUCUGCUGAAAAAUCUUUUGGCUGCUGGAAAUUGGAGGAAAUAUAUUGAGGUGUUGGAAUGGAUGGAGGAUGGAGGACUUCAGCCAUCAAGUAAUAUGUAUGACGAUAUACUCUUCUUUGCUCAACGUAGUGGAGGGACCGAGAAUGCUGUUGUUAUAAAACAAAGAGUCGAAUCCUUAAGAAAGAAAUCGCGAGAUGAAACAACAAAUGAGCUGCUUUGGAGAUGAUCGUUCAGUUUCAGUCCUAGAUAUAUGGCUAUGUAAGUCAAACUUCGUCCAGAAGAAAACUUAUGCUCUUUCUUCAUUGGAUCGUGCAACUAAAAGCUCUGUUUAGAAGUUACUGAUUUGGUUAAUC